AUGGGACAAUGGACAUCUUCACACUCUUCGGCGCCUCGGGUUGAAACAGUUUUGCAAUCCGAUGAACAAUUAUUUUAUUAUCGGAAUUUCCAGGCUCAUGCCAAUUGUGCUGAAAAAGUUAGACAAUACAAAGCAUUGAACAAAUUGAUUGAUCUGAGAGAACAUGUGGAUUCCGAACAUGUAUCAGGAAAAGAUCCCUAUCAAGACUACCAUAAUCGAAAAGCGAAUAAUUUAUCAUCGGAAGAGAAACGAAAGCAUGAGAACAAGUAUCAAUCUCUCAAGGAUAUGAUUUUAGAAAAUGCGUGUGUCAUGUGCCAAGUUUUUGCUGGCAGGCCUGACGAGUCUCAAAGCGAACAUAGAUUACGAGCGUGCAUGGGAGAUGAAUUAGUGGAUUGGAGCUUAAUGAGGAGGAACACUGAUGAUACUCCAGCUAAUCAAAGAGGAGAUUCAGAGGAAGAACAAUUUGCAUCGUAUUCUAACUUACCAUCGUUAAAUAUCGAUUAUGAUCGAGUAGUUUAUUGUUUUCAUCAGGACAAUGCACUUGCUGAAAUGUUUAACAAGUUAACUGCUCACAAAAGGUUGUUAACUCAAAAAGGAUCAUUUCAGCAAUUAUUCCCAAACAUUGUGAACGAAUUAAGAAAAAAGACCAAUGAUGACCAUACGACGCAUGAUUCAGUCAGUCAACCACAAUUUAAUACUGGCAACACGUCAGAUCUCAACUCGAAAUUGUUGCACGAAAUUUCACAGAAACAUGCAUCAAAAGAGCGUGCAAUCCUCGACAGUUGUAUCAACAAAUCAGAUGCUCAGAUACAUCCAGGAGGACAUUCAUGCUUGGGAGAGGCCAUUAUUUAUUCUCAUGCUCUCACCACACAUUUCUGUAAACGUUCUCUCAACCAAUGCUUGGAAAAGAAAGUUCCUUCUUUUAUUAUUGAUGGGCUGGAGGACGAUGAGGCAUGGAAUCAACUCUCUGUGAUUGACUUUUCACAAUGUCUAACCUCAAAGAGUCCCAGAUCAAUGUCUCCAGGAGAAGAUGAAUGUUCUCAUUGCUUUGAUCAGGUCAUGGAAUUCAUGACAGAGACUGUCUUGAAAGAAUAA